AUGGUUGCCAAUGUCAGUAGGGAGUAUCUUGGAACCGUUAGGAUAAAACCACUCCCGGUAAAAGUGAAGGCAGGGAAGAGACAUUGUGCAAAGAAGAAACCCUGGGUAGGUUUUAUGUUGCGUCCUGUCCCGUUUAGAAGUAGGGCUGGGUUCACUCUGGCUAAUCAGAGAGGAGAGCAAAGAGCUAAAAGAAAGCAGGUACUUAAGAUUAGAUUGGGUAAGGCUCAAGCGAGUAGUAGAAUUAGGGCCGGAGGAGUAGGCCCCCUCUUUGAACCUGAGGGAGAAGAAAAGUGGCGAACCGAAGAGCCCCUUGAGGAAGAGGCUGAAGAUGUAGGAGUGGCCUUAGCCCUACCCUUUGUGGCCGAGCUCACUGAAGGAUAA